GGGUCACGUGGCCGGGGCUCCUUUCGCUUCCAUCGGCCUCUUCUCGGCGUACUUAAAAAAGGGGGCGGGGAGAAUGGAACGGGGAAGCGCGCGCGCCUCUCUCUCUCGUGACAGUCCAGCCCGGCUCGCCUCUCACCCUCCGCACUUCAGCUCGGCUGCAAGGAUGGCGCGCGCCGACGCUGCUUUUUCUGCCUGGACUCUCCGUUUCCUGCUUUUGUCGUCGGCCCUCGCUUUGGCCUCCGCCCGGGCGCGGAAGCCCAAUGUGGUGCUGAUCCUGACCGACGACCAGGACACCUAUCUGGGCGGAAUGACACCGCUGAAAAAGACCAAUGCUCUUAUUGCAGAGAUGGGGAUAACCUUCUCAAAUGCAUAUGUGCCCAGUGCAUUGUGCUGUCCCAGUAGAGCAAGCAUCUUGACAGGAAAAUAUCCACACAACCACCAUGUUGUCAAUAACACACUGGAGGGAAACUGCAGUAGCAAAUCCUGGCAGAAGAUUCAGGAACCAUUUACCUUUCCUGCCAUCCUCAAGUCCAUGUGCGGCUACCAGACGUUCUUUGCUGGGAAAUACUUGAACGAGUAUGGAGCAGAAGAUGCAGGAGGAAUCGGUCAUGUUCCUCCUGGAUGGAGUUUUUGGUAUGCAUUGGAAAAGAAUUCCAAGUAUUAUAAUUACACACUCUCAGUAAAUGGAAAAGCACGGAGGCAUGGUGAGAACUACAGCGUUGAUUACCUGACAGAUGUACUGGCCAACAUGUCCUUGGAUUUUCUGGAAUAUAAAUCCAACUUCGAGCCGUUCUUCAUGAUGAUAGCAACUCCUGCACCCCACUCACCUUGGAUAGCUGCUCCUCAGUACAAGAAAAGCUUUCAGAAUGUCAGUGCUCCGAGAAACAGUAAUUUCAAUAUCCAUGGAAAGGACAAACAUUGGCUCAUCAGGCAAGCAAAGACGCCAAUGACUAAUUCAUCAAUACAAUUUCUAGAUGACGCUUUUAGGAAAAGAUGGCAGACACUUCUGUCGGUGGAUGAUCUGAUUGAAAAACUGGUGAAGAGGCUGGAAUCUCAUGAAGAGUUGGAUAAUACAUACAUUUUUUACACUUCAGACAAUGGCUUUCAUACAGGUCAGUUUUCAUUGCCUAUUGACAAACGACAGCUCUACGAGUUUGACAUUAAAGUUCCACUGUUGGUGCGAGGACCAGGAAUCAAACCCAACCAAACGAACAAGAUGCUUGUGGCAAACGUUGACUUGGGUCCUACUAUUUUAGAUAUUGCAGGCUAUGAUCUAAAUAAAACACAGAUGGAUGGGAUGUCACUACUACAACUACUGAGAGGAGAUGCAAAUGUGACCUGGAGAUCAGAUGUUUUGGUUGAGUACCAAGGAGAAGGACACAACAGUAGUGAUCCUACCUGCCCUGCCCUUGGACCCGGUGUCACCCAUUGUUUUCCAGAUUGUGUCUGUGAAGAUGCAUACAACAAUACAUAUGCAUGUGUAAGAACACUCUCUUCUUCAUGGGAUCUGCAGUACUGUGAAUUUGAUGAUCGUGAGGUGUUUGUUGAAGUUUACAACUUGACUGCAGACCCGCACCAGAUUACCAACAUCGCAAAAACAAUAGAUCAAGAAAUUUUAGAAAAGAUGAACUAUCGGCUAAUGAUGUUGCAAUCCUGUUCUGGAGCAACUUGCCGCACACCAGGGGUCUUUGAUCCAGGAUACAAGUUCAACCCACACCUGAUGUUCAGCAAUCAUGGGACUCAGGCUCGCAGACUUUUUACACGGUCCCUGUAGCUGCAGUGACUAGCCUGUUUUGUUAACAUUUCUUCAAAGUGACUGCAGAGUAUCUGCUGAAUCCACUAUGACUACAUCUGAAAGGCAUGAUUGGCGGACUCUGUUUGGAGAAGAUGACCUCCCCAGCUGGUUAUUUUGUGCAAUACGUGCUAACAGACAUGAUUGGUCUAGUUCCCUCAAAAUCUGAUUACCACAUCAAUCUGAAAAUGGCAUCUUGAAGUACAAUGUUGACUUGUGGCCAGGAAUCUCAAUUUGUUUGGUGUUAUGUGAAAGACCUCAGGUGGAAACUGUGUUAACUACUUACCUUUGAGAGCUGGUCCUGACGCAAGUUUUUUUCGGGGGGAGCAGGGUCAUCCUGGGCCUGCCCUGUAGGCAGAGGCUAUAGAUCGCCUCCCUACAGCACUAGCGGCUAAGCUUUUUAAGAAGAUGCAUCAUGCUUCUGGGUUGUGUUUAAAGUCUAGUAUAAUCAAGUUUUAACCAGGGAGGUGGCCAUUGUUUUUCUUCUCAGCCUUUCAGGACUCGUCUGGAAUUGCUGAUUAGAAUGUAUGUGCCUGUUAGAUUGUCUCAAUAUGUAUUAAUCAACUCUCUUUUCAGAUCAGAACCAAGUAAACCACUAAAUGGAGAGACACCCCCCCAAAAAAAAAAAGAUAGAAAAUGCGCUGAAUGUGCCAUUUAUUUUGUAUGGGAGCCACUAAUUUAAGAGUGUUAUUUUAAUUGGAAAAUGUGCAUUCUCAAAAGUACAAUAGAAUCUGACGUCCCAAUGUAGCAAUAUAUACAGAGGAGAGUAUUUCCAGUGCCUCAUCUGAGAAAGUUGCUUUAGGAUAUAAUGCUUACUGUAUUAGCCCUUUAUGCCAGAAAACUGCAGGUCAUAUUUAUUUGAUGCCCAGAUUUGACUCUUCUUAUUCUUGAUUGCCCUAUGCCUGUGAAAUAUAUUGUUAGCACUUGCUGAACGUUUGGUCCUAUUUUUAUUUAAUAUUAAGCCGAUCGGACUAUUUUGCUGUUAUCGACAUUUGCUUGAAUACCAGACCAGUUCUCUUCAAUUGGCUGACUUAUCACCCAAAGGGCAUAUCUCCUUAAACACUUGGGCAACACAACGCCCCCAGACAGUUUUGUCCCAAUCGUAUCCACUUAACGAUAGAUAGGAGCAACAAAUAUAAAUGGACCUCUGUUAUAAGAAUGGCCUAUUUGGACAUAUGCUGUGUCAGAUGAUAAAGGCUGAGGUCACAUAAAGAGCAGCAGGGUCAAGGAGCAAUAACGUGAGAAGGUGGUUUGAGUCAUCCUGGAAGUGGCGGGGGGAGAGCAUGAAAGGAAAUUGCUUCAGAGAUUUAGGCUCCAGCCAAUUUAAACACCUCUGAAAACCAGCAGGGGGGGCAUUGCUCGUCAACUUUAGUGAUUUAAAUCAGAGCUAGAAACAUGUCAGUUCUGCUGCAGUUAAAUAUAUUAUGUGUUUUUAUUUUCUGUUCGUCAUACAUAACCUUGAGAAAGAUUACUCUUGUCCCUCCGUCUGCAUUUAAUACCUCUAGCUAGAGUGGAUCAGAAUGAGUUCCAACUUAUUUUAGUAGCAAGCUCCUAUACCAUAUUAAGGUUAACUUCCAAUAUAUUCAUUUGUAAUACUCUGUUUGUGUGGACUUGAAAGUAGGCGGUGGGAGCCUGUAAUCACCUGGAGGUUGUUGGAUUCCCAAUUGCCAUCAGUCCCAGCCAUCACAUUCAUCAGUCGGGAAUGAUGGAAGUUCAGUGGUAUCUGGCAGGCCACCGGUUUGCCACCCCUGACUUUAAGAAACAUUUAAGAGUUAAGGUGUUUUACUUGGUCUGAGCAGAAGAUUCUGUGCUGCAUGUCUUAAACAAUGUUCAUGCUAUCGAAACUAACCAUACAGAAUGAGUGAAACAACUUAGUAGUAGUUUGGUAUAUUUAAUACUAUGAAAUUCACCAGUUGAUUCCUCACAAGGCACUUAUGAACCAGGUAAUAUACAAUAGCAAUUCAGGAAGAAACUUGGGAUCUUGUAAAAUGUAGAAUGGAAAGAUUUUACUUGUUUUGUUAUUUCUUUAGGUUUCUUAUUUUCUUUCGGAACAGUGAGCUUGCAUCUCAAAAUGUCUUAAAUGUGUUAACUUCUAACUAUCCUAUCCAAAGCUGCAUAUCUUCUGUUAAAAAACAAACCACAACUUGUGCAAUUGAUUUUAGUUCAUGCAAACUGGACUUUCCCUUUUCCUCCACCUGCAGAUCCUUAUACAACCGCAAAAUUUGCUCUGCGUGGGGAUUGGGGGAGCUUUGGGGGUGUCAGGGAGAGGCAGUCCGAUCAUGUCUCAAUGCACAAUGUUGGCAUGGGAAAGACAGGCUGCUUUGAACUUGAUGCCAAGUGGAAUCAAUAAGAAUGAAAGGACCACUAGAAACCUACUUUUAACCAGUCUUUGCGCCGAAGCAUUUACCUAAAAGUAACACACAGCCCCACACACAGAUCUAAUCACUUCUUUCUGUAAGAUUCUAGCUAUUGUUGUCUGUUUGCACUUUACGAUGAAGACGCUGUCGUCCAACUGUUGGAUACCAACAGAGGCCUUACACAGUAUUAGUUUUAAAGAAAACAUGACGGUAACAUUCACAUUGCUAAACUGAGAGCUGCUUGGCAGUGAUGUGGGAGCAAACUAUGCAGUAGAAAAUGAAUCUGCCUGGCAAGCCAAUUUGCACACAGUUACUCAUGACAUUGCAUAGCUGCCAUAUAUUGUGAGCAGCAGCCCAGAGUUGACUGGUGGAGUUUUAAUUAAGAUUUUUUUUUUCACAGCUCACCUCUCGUGCAGAGAAAAAACAACUUCUAGCUCAAUUAACAGAACUUAUCAAGUUUUUUCAGGGCUUGUUAACGUUUCACAGCACUGCCCUAUCAUCUCAGAAGUUUCUGCUAAAAAACAAAUCUUGGCCAAAAUGCAAGUUCUUUUAAAAGGCAAGUUAUUCUGGAAGGCUGUCUGUUCAUAUGUAACUCACCAAAUAGACAGUCACUGCAUGUAAUUGCUAGGGUUUUACAAGUGCUUGUACUAGGUAGGUCUUUUUUUGUACUUAGGCCCCACACCACCAAAUCCAUCCUAAUAAGUACAAAACAAACAAACAAAAACCCCAGUAAAAUGUUGUUUGUAAAGCUGCUCAAAACCAUGGCAUUUUCUGUUCAGUUUUCCUUUAAGUGUUGCUGUAUGACAACUAUGUAUGCUAGUUUUCUUACUCAUGAAUCAUAGCAAUUUUUUUAGAAAGUGCCCUUUGAAGGACCCUGUAUUAUUGCUGCACUUUUCAGUAAUUAAAUUUAUGUACAACAAAAAUAAUUGUUUGUGAUGAACUGAAAUUAAAGGCACACACAUCUGAA